UAGUCAAAUAAUCGCCGUGUGGAAGAGUGGUUUGCAUGACAUUUCACUCUGUUAUCGCACAAUUUUUUAACUAUUUUUCAUUAAGAGAAAUAAAAAGUCACUCCGCUUGUGUAAUGUUUGAAUAACUGAAACGGUCGGUGAUAAUAUCUUCUGCUCACGAAAAACAAGACUCGAAAUGAUUUGAAGUGUGUAAAUAAUUGCGUUUUGAAACGAAAUUAUUGUGUUCGGUUGCAUGUGAAGCCUUAAAAGUGAAAUGACAUAAAAACAACAAUAGGAAUUCUAUACCUAGAACGUCAACCAUCAUUCUCUGGAAGAGACCGAAGACACACGAAAAAAAAGUAACGUGAAAAUAAAAGUAGUUUUGCACUUGGUAUUUUAAUGCACAGAAAAUACAUAUAUCAUACAGUCGGCAGAUGUUGAUACAGUGACCUGUGUUAUAUGCAUUCCUAACGGCCGUAUCCAACGAAAAUAUAUAAAUGAAACCGGUUACGUUAUUGUUUUGUUUAUAAAUGAAUUGAGACUUCCGAUAUAUAAUAAUAUUAUAUCCACCGUAUUAAACACUGACUGGCAUAUACCUCACCUGCAUCGACAAUGUUGACAAAAUGUUUUCUGGUUGUAUAUGUUGUGUUAGACGGUAUUCUAAAUUGAAUUGAACAAUUUAGUGUUAAAUCAUCACAAACGGAAAAAGAGUCUUCGUGCUGUUCGUGCUGCAGUCAAUAAAUUUCAAUUGAUAAAUUCAAUUAAUAUUAAGGAAUUAGAAGCUGUGUGGCACAUCAAUUCAGCAAAAAUUAUGCCAUAACGCUGUAAGUGUAUACACCUCUGCCUUCAACAAUACAAACGAAUUGCAAAAAUGAAUGGAUUUAAGUCAAACAGUCUUGGAGAAAUUGAAGAGUGCUCAGAAAAACCCUCACUUCAAGACAAUGGCAACAUUUACACGGCAACGAGCAAUGAAUUUUUUACAGAUGAAAUGCUUCAAUCGGAAAACAGUGGACUCGCAGGUCGGGUUCAGGAUCUGGAACGGAAAGUGUUAACACAGCAAGACGAAAUCGUGUGCCUCAGAUCCACAUUGGCCGAUGUCCUACGAAGAUUAAAUCUGAUCGAAGGCAAUAUCGAUAGAGGAUCAGCGAAUCUACAUGGUGGUCGUAGUGCACCGAAUACGCCUUCAAGGACAUCCACACCUAGUUUUAAUAGAGUUACUUCACAAAGCCCUACGCUAAAUAGUUCUUCGUCCACAAUAAGCAAUAGUACAACAAGUGAUUGGAAAUUACGAAAGCCUGCACCAAGAGCAACAAAUAGCCCAGCUGAUUUACAACAAAGACGAUCCACUCCGAUCGGUCAGGGUUUAUCACAAAGUCGAUCUAAGUCAAUUCAUCAUUCGAAUGGAUCCUUGCACUCUGAUUCACCGAGUAGUAGCUCUGUAUCACCAGCACCAUCCCCAUCACCUCGUCCAACGUCCGCACAUGCAAGUUUGCAAAAAAAGUGGAGUUCGACGUCUGAUUUUUCAGUGCAGUCAUCUCUACAAGGAAGAUUGUCGACAAAGUCAAUGCUUAACCUGAAUACGAAAUCCAUUAUCGGUCAUGUCUUGAAGCAUGGCACACAUACCUGUUCCUUCAAUGAAGAUGAUGGCUCAAUGAAAUUCUAUCUACGUGGGCGACCAAUUGUUUUGCAUGCACCUACGGACGUUAGAGAUUCAUUUGAAAUAGCAAAAGUACAGCCGGCACCAAGUAAAAAACUGAAACUCGAUUGGGUGUACGGCUAUCGAGGACGAGAUUGCCGAUCGAAUUUAUAUCAAUUGCCGACCGGUGAAAUGGCCUAUUUCGUUGCAGCCGUUGUAGUGCUGUACAAUGUUGACGAACAAUCUCAGAGACAUUAUGUGGGUCAUACCGAUGAUAUAAAGAGUUUAUCAGUGCAUCCCAAUAAGCUUUUGGUAGCGACUGGUCAAGCUGCUGGCAAAGAAGCAAGCGUGAGUUUUAACUUGAUUCAACUAACGCAGUCCAGCACUAACAAUGACUCCUAUUUACAGCCCCACAUUAGAUUAUGGAAUUCUGUGUCCUUAGCUACAGUUGCGAUUAUUGGUAACGGUGAAUUCAGUGGUCCAGUCAAUGCAUUAUCGUUUAGUCGAGCUGAUGGCGGUGUUCUACUGGCUGCCAUCGAAGAUUCACCGGACAAAAUUAUAUCGGUUUGGGAAAUUCGUGGGGAUCGUGGUCAGAGGAUUACUGAAACUCGAUGCUCAGUGGACACAAUCGUUUGUGUUGAAUUCCAUCCGCUUGAUCGCAACCAGUUAGUCACUGCUGGUAAAAAUCAUCUGGCGUUUUGGACGCUGGAUCAGAAUGGAACAUUGUACAAACGAAUGGGUGUGUUUGAAGGGCGCGAGAAACCGAAAUACGUCACAUGCAUAGCGUUCACGCAGAGUGGAGAUGUCAUUUCCGGCGAUUCCAAUGGUAAUGUCAUUGUAUGGGGUCGAGGAACGAACAUCAUCACACGAUUCUUCAAGAAGGUCCAUGACGGCUCAAUAUUCAGCUUAUGUGCGCUGAAAGAUGGACGCUUAGCUUCCGGAGGUGGUAAAGACGGACGCAUAGUCCUAUUCGAUGUUGACAUGAAUCCGACUAGCGUCGAAAUGGAAGUCGAGCCACAUUUUGGCGCUGUUCGAGUUAUUGCUGAGGGCAAAGGUUCUCAGUUCCUGAUUGGUACAACAAGAAAUUGCAUAAUGACGGGAUCAUUCGAUUUGGGACUGUCGCCCGUUAUCAUGGGUCACACGGACGAAGUGUGGGGACUGGCCGUACAUCCGAAUCUACCACAAUUCGUGACUGGUGGACGCGAUAGAUUGUUGCAAUUGUGGGACUCGUUGUCACAUUCCGUUGUCUGGAGCAAGGAUAUCGGCGAACAGAUUCAAUCGUGCGCAUUUUCCACUGACGGUGAAUUGGUUGCUGUUGGAACGGUUUUGGGUAAAUGGAUGGUCUUUGAUACGCUAACCCGGGAACUCUUGGCUCAGUACAUGGAUGGUCAGGAGCCAAUUCAGACUAUUAAAUUCUCGCCGGAUGGUAAUUUACUGGCCAUUGGUUCCAGAGACAAUUUCAUUUACAUCUAUCAAGUGGGAUCGAAACGAUUGUCAAAGAUCGGAAGGUGUUCGGGCCACUCAAGCUUUGUCACUCAUCUGGACUGGUCCGAGGACAGCCAUCAAUUGAGAAGCAACUCUGGGGACUAUGAAGUUCUAUAUUGGAAUGCCGAACUAUGUCGACAAAUCACAAGUCCUACAACGCUACGAGACGUUAAAUGGGCAUCGCAAACGUGCAGCAUUUCAUUCCAAACGGUCGGCGUGUGGCCAGAGAACGCUGACGGUUCCGAUGUCAAUUCCGUCGGUCGAAGUUCAGACGGAAGUCUUCUUGUGUCAGGCGAUGAUUGGGGUAAAAUUAAACUGUACGCGUACCCAACAUCGCAGCCAAAGUCAUUAGCUCAUACAUACGGUGGUCACAGCAGUCAUGUAACCGGCGUUGAAUUUAUGCAAGAUGAUGCUCGUAUCAUAAGUAUCGGCGGUAAUGAUACCAGUGUCAUGCAAUGGACCGUAUGCUAGUUCAGUUGCCACGUAGAAAAGUCAAUAAUUUAAUCCAAUUUAAAAAUCUUUUUCUUUUUCAAAUUUUAAUUUCUGUGUAAAAUAUUGUCAACGAGAGAGAGAGAGAAAGAGUAGAUUCUUCACAUUAAUAUUUUAGCAGCAAAAUUACAACUAACAAAAAUUCUCAAUCGAAAAUUAAUUAGCACCCAGACAAUACAACUUUAUUGUUUAACGUUUAGAACUGCUAAAACGAAUUUUUAAAUUUUGCAUUUUUAACAACACAAAAGGAAAAUUAACUUAAAUUCAGUUGUUUAAGUCAACGUUUAUUUAAUUAAAAAAAAAUGUUUCAUCAAAAA